GAUGCAAUGACGUAGUUUCCUUGGCGCAGGGCCACAAUCUCCGUAAGAAUAUUCCCAAAAAGAGGCUAAUAAUAGAAUGUGGCCCAUUUAGAUUUAGAAAACGUUAGUUAAACUUGUGCUGUCCACUUUUUGCUGUUCUUUGAUGCUAUUCGCAGUAAUAAAAUACUUCUUGAAAAAUUUUAAAUAUAUUUAUAUUCAUCCUUAAGAAAAAUGGUAAAUUAUUCUUGUGAAAUUUGUAAAAAACCUUCACAACAAAAUUGCGGACAAUGCGGUUUGGUUUAUUACUGUUCAAAAGAGCAUCAAAUUUUAGAUUGGAAGAAAUCGCAUAAAAAAAAUUGCCUAAACUUUAAAAUCGAAUCAAACGAUCGUUUAGGCCGUUUUAUCACAGCCACGAGGAGUAUUCACGUAGGGGAAGCGAUUGUGAAGAAAAAACCGAUUGUUUUAGCUCCAAAAACAAUCUCUCAAAUCUUAUGUUUGGGCUGCCAUAAAACCCUCAGUAAUAAAAUCGAAUUUUCUUGUACUAAAUGUUCGUGGCCUUUAUGCAGUUCUAAAUGCGAGGAAUCCAAACACCAUCAAGAAGAAUGCAAAAUUUUUUCUAAACAAAAAUAUAGACCCACCUUAAAAGAUGGAGAAAAACAAACUUGUUACGCAAUUAUCGGUCCGUUAAGAGUUUUGUUGUUGAAAACAACCGAUAAGUAUCAACACAUCAUUUCUAUGCAAGAUCAUUUGGAGAAACAAAAAAAUUCGCAAGUUUACUCAAUUUUAAAACAAACUUUAGUACCGGAAAUAAUAACAAAAUUAAAAAUCAACACCGAUGAAAACGAAAUAUUAAAAAUUUGUUCAAUUUUCGACACCAAUUCGUUUCAAGUUAGAGACUCAAAAGGUUUGAUUAACAUCCGAGGACUUUAUCCGACGGUUUCUUUAAUUUCGCACGAUUGUAAAUCGAAUACACGUCACGUUUUUAUCGGGGAAGAUUUGGAAAUUUGUUUUAGUGCCACAUUUCCUAUCGGAAAAAAUGAACUGAUCACAACAACUUACACACAAACUUUAUGGGGGACUUUAGCGCGAAGAGAGCAUUUAAUAUCGUCGAAAAAUUUCGAAUGUAAUUGCCAAAGAUGUUCGGAUCCCACCGAAUUUGGUACUUACGUCGGUUCCAUUUAUUGUUCCAUGUGCAGACAACACAAUAAAUCAAAUUGUUGCCCGAAAAUGAUUAGUACUGAUCCUUUAGAUGCGAGUGCCCCGUGGGAAUGCGAACAAUGCUCAAGAAGUAUGAAUGCCAAGCAGUAUUCGUACGGAAAUGAGACUUUAAAAAACGAAAUUUUGAGAUUAGAUAAAAAAAAUCCGAAAAAAUUUGAAGAAUUUUUAGAAAAAUAUAAAGACAUUCUUCAUCCUACUAAUUCACAUGUAUUGGAAGUAAAGUAUGCUUUAAGCCAAAUGCAUGGAAAUAUGGAUGGGUUUUUAUUAACAGAUCUAACAGAAGAACAAAUUCAAAGAAAAAUCGAUGUAUGUAAAGAACUAUUAGAAAUCGCUGACGUUCUUGAACCGGGAUUUUCAAGAUUUCGCGGUUCUUUAUUGUACGAUCUUCACGCAGCUAUGGUUUUCAAGACAAAGUCGGAUUACACCCAAGGAAAGAUUACUUUAGAAACAGCUAAUGAGGUUAUGUUAGAAGCCGUUAACAUCUUGCAAGAAUCCGCGAAGAUUUUAAUCGUUGAACCUGAUAUGUCGGAAAUUUUACGAAAUAGAUUGGAACAUUUAUCUAAUUUCCUUUCAUUAGAUUAAAAUAAAUAAUUUUCGUCUUUAGAAAUAAGACUUUUAUUUAUUAAUGAAAGCAAAUUCAACAAAAAUUGAAUGCUUAUCAGGAUGAAGAUGUACUACUAUAAAUGCCAAAAGUCAAGAUCCCUCAAGUUAGAGCUCGAUAUCUUCGUAAAAUAAUACUACUGCUUAUCAUAAUCAAACACAACUGCCGCCAACCAGUUCUAAUCACCCAUAUUGCUAUCAUCUAUAACCCCAUUCAACUCUCCUUUACCUUCUCUCUCGCUCUUCCUCCUGACCUCCUCUCUCCUCAAAGAUAUACAAGAUCUCCUGCUGCAAGGUGUCCUCACUCACCCCAUACACAUCCCGUUCAUCUCCAUCAAUCGACACUUUCUCAAAUAUACAUUGAAUGGACUAUGUCCCAUCAUCAGAUGAAUGUCCUUACUGGACAUGGCCACCCCGCUUAUCCAUCCAUCUUUUAUAAACUUAUAUACCCCUCUAUACUGACUGUUCUUUAUAUUUUUGUCUAGGAAAAGUAAUAAUAUAUAUAGUCCGCGUCAAAAGUUACCCACCUCCUGUCUAAUUUGAACUGGUACCAGGUAUCGGCAUGAGUCAAAAUACAUCGAUUUAUAUUUUUUAUUAGCCAUAAUCCCGGAAAAGAAUAUUGGAUAAGGUUAGUUUUCUUUUGAAAUAUCAAUCAUUCUGGGAGAGAGAGUUAGAUAAAGUCAGUUUUCUUUUGAAAUGUCAAUCAUUCCAGGAAAGAAUGUUGGGUAACGUUAGUUUUGUUUAUCAGGAUCUCAAGUAAAAAAUAGUGUGAUCGUUGUGGAAUGCCAGAUAGAUUUUCAACAACAACAAUGCGCUUUCUCUUUUCACGCCUAUCGUAACUACUGUAGAUAGUCGUUCAAUUAGUUUCAAUUGCAGAAAACCAAGAUAUAUAGGCUACCUUACAUUUCGUUCAGUUCACCAAUUACAGUUUAAAAUCUAACUUCUAACAUAUCGAACGACCAGAGGAACUAAUAUUGGACUGCAGUAAAUGGAGGCAAGUUACAAAGUCAGCGAAGACCCACCCCGGGUUGUAAUGUUACAUAGAAAGAAGGAUACAAAAAAAAAUGGCAACACAAUCUUUGCCUUAAUUAUGAUGAAAAAGUAAGAUUAUGUGCCGCAAUCGGCACCGCGACUUAAUUAUCAGAAAUCAUAAUUUCUUUCUGAUCAUUAUGUCGUGGUUCCUUGUGACCGAGGCGAUGCGGUAUGAUAAACAGUUUCAGGUAGACAUGAUAUUUAUCACUGAGCCUUGGCCGCAAGCAACCUCAGCUUAAUUACUCAGAAGAUCUACAACUUUACCUAAUGAAGUCUAGGCCACUUGCGGCCGAAGUGCUGCGAUAUGAUAACCAGUUGCAGAUUAAUAUAAUCUUAAUUACUGAAUCUCGGAUGCAAGCGUUCUCGAGUUAAUUAGUCAAAAAAUUUCCGUGAUAAUAAUAAUAAUAAUACUUUAUUGUGUUACUAAGCUGCUGCUCUUACACUCGUCCAAAUAAAUACAUUUUCAAUA